UGUCACAUGAUACAUGUACUUUCAGUCAAGUGACAUUUCUGUUCUUGACUUGUGCUUGUUGUUCAUGUGAUCUGGAAGUGAUAUUUAAAGUAAGCUUCUUUUUCAUCUUAUCAGUCGUGAAUACAUUUUAAGACUUAAUUCAUAUUGUCAAAAUCAGGAUGAUGGAGGUUACAACAAUGAUCAAGUAUUUGCUGUGUUUCGCCUCACUGUGGGCUAUUGUUGCCGCCGAUACGCCUGCUAACUGUACAUACCAGGACAUAGUUGGUCAGUGGACUUUCCAGAUUGGGGAAAGUGGUCAUGACAGGUCUCUAAACUGCACCAACUUUGGAUCACAACAGAAUCCUCCAAAGAGUAAGCUGCGAGUCACGCUGUACUUCCCAGAUCUGGUAGUGGACGAGUUUGGGAACAAUGGAUGGUGGACUCUGAUCUACAAUCAGGGUUUCGAGGUAGUUAUAAAUGGCAGAAAGUUCUUUGCCUUCUCUAUGUACAAGAAGCAUGGUAAAGACUACGACAGCAUUUGUGAUCAAACCCUACCGGGCUGGUCUCAUGACAUUUUUGGGCGCAACUGGGCAUGUUACACUGGCACCAAAGGAACACCACUCACGACGCUCAAGUACCAGAGGAACAGUGUGGUUACAGAGCACAAGUUUACAAGUCUCAAAUACCAGUCCAACACCACUCUUGUUGGGGAAAUAAAUCGCUCACAGAAAUCCUGGAAGGCUGCCAAGUAUGCACAGUUUGAAGGCAUGCAGAUAGAAGACAUGAUUAGAAUGGCUGGUGGAAGGAAAUCCAGAAUUCCCAGCAUCCCCAAACCAGUUGCAGUGAGGUCAGAACAUGCAAGGAUGGCUUCUGACCUGCCAAAGAGUUUUGACUGGAGGAACGUUGAAGGAUUGAACUAUGUGUCACCCAUCAGGAAUCAGGGAAGCUGUGGCAGUUGUUACGCCUUUGCCUCUCUGGCAAUGAAUGAGGCCAGGUGGCGGGUCAUGACCAACAAUACAGUGCAGCCCGUGUUCUCACCACAGGAUGUCGUAGAGUGCAGCCAAUACUCACAGGGUUGCGAGGGUGGUUUCCCUUACCUGAUCAGUGGGAAGUAUGCGGAGGAUUUCGGACUGGUCCUCGAGGAAUGUAACCCUUACAAGGGGUCGGACGGAUCGUGUUCCACGCUCCAGAGCUGUCCACGUGUCUAUUCUACACGAUAUGAAUACGUGGGGGGAUUCUACGGAGCCUGUAACGAGGCACUUAUGCGAAUCAAUCUAGUCAACAACGGACCCAUGGCUGUCGCCUUCGAAGUCUAUGACGAUUUCUUCAGCUACAAGUCGGGUAUCUACCACCACACAGGCCUCAAGGACAAAUUCAAUCCGUUUGAAAUCACCAACCAUGCUGUGCUACUUGUGGGAUAUGGGACAGACUCAAGCAACCCGGAAAACCCCCAGGAUUACUGGAUUGUGAAGAAUUCAUGGGGCGAGAGCUGGGGUGAGGGCGGUUAUUUCCGCAUCCGACGUGGAAACGACGAAUGCAGCAUCGAGAGCAUUGCUGUGCAGUCUUUCCCUAUUAUGUAAAUUGGGACCGAUGAUCGUAAAGUGUAUUAAAACCUUGGAAAACCAUCUCUUCAAAUGAUAAUACAACCAAAUGUUAUGAAAUUGUAUAAGUUCAAAGGUUUCUCAUGCUGGUAUUCCAAAAGGGUAUUGCUUAUUAAAGUGGAAAGAUUCUAAAAAAUUAUAACAUUUGCUAUGUUAAUGACUUUUGAGCCAAGAUUAUUGUCUAGUUGAGAGCUAAAAAACAUAUUUUUUUCUAAUUGUCACAUUUUCUAAGUGUAUGGCAAUUUAAUGCCUGACCGCCCAUAUUGAAGCAGGGCCUAUGUUCACAAAGUGUCUUUGCGGUAGUUAAAAACAUGUACAAAUGUCUUUAUAAUGAAUACAUUCCUGUAGCUUUCCAUGUUUCUAACAUAUAAUGAAGCAUAUUUGCAAGUUUUUUGUUUCAAGUCCUUUUGAAAAAAGGUAAAUAAGUACUAGAAUUCAUAAAUCUGUGACUGUUUUCUCAAAUACUGAAACUGAACCAAGUUCCUCAGCUUUCAAACUUUGAACACUCAACACAAUCAGUAGAUUCAUCAUUUGUUUAGUCAAGCACAUUGAGCACAUUACUUUGUGAUUCUUAUACAGAACUUAACCCAUUUAUGCCUAGUGGACUCUCCCAUCCUUCUAAAUUGGAUCAAUUUAUUUCCAAAAUAAGGGAUGUCUAGUAUAUUUAUUUUAUAUUUAGAAUAUUUCUUACAGAAAUUCCUUUAAGCAGGCAGCGCAGACCCUGAUAAGACGCCGCAUUAUGUGGCGUCUCAUCAUGGUCUACGCUUUUUGCCAAGGCCUUUUUUCUAGAUGCUAGGCAUAAAUGGGUAAAUUUCACAUUUGUAACAACCUACAUAAAUUUAUUAUUUACAGCCUUUUGUGAUCUUUUUUUUACUUUUUCAGAGUUUGAAUUGUAUGCUUGUGCUGUAUGGUUAUCUAUGUCUAUUGUUAAAAGUGCUCAUUGUUAAAAUGUAUAUUUGUGAUUGAUUUAGGAAACAACUCUUGUAAAAACACAAUUCACAUGAUGUGAUAAAACAGCUUUCAGUGCUUACUGCUUUAUUUUGUUUUGCCAUUAUUUUGCACCAUAACCCUUGUAAAUAUAUUAUGAAAAACAUGAAAUACUGAAAAGUUAUAAUUUAUGAGUGUACACAGAUGUUUGAGAACUUGUAUAAUUCUUGGUAUGCCAGUAAAAAUUACUAUCAAGACAAAUAUUUAUUAGGUAGAAUUUCUUAAAUAAGGUGUUUUAAAUAGAAAUACAGAUUUACAUGUAUGUUCAACUGAACUUAAAAAUAGCUUAUACUGUUUAUAUAUAUGAGCCCAGCUCACAUAAAUCUUAAAUCUUGUUAUUUUCUGCUUUUUUUUUACAUAAAAGAUUGUUGCUACGUUUAAGAAAACAAUUAAUUAUAUAAACAUGUCAAAAUAAAAAUUAAUAUAAAAAUAUGUUCAAUUCUCCAUAGAUCGGUAGUUUUAAUGAUUUAGAUUGUAACUUCUUUUUUAUGACAGAUAUUUUUCUAUUUUUGUAGGUUGUUUUUAGUUGAGAAUUUUUUUUUAUUUGAGUGCUUUUGUUCUACCUUAGAGGUUUUACAUGUCUCCAUUGUGAAUAAAAAUGAAUAUGUAUAUGAAAUUCAUAUCUGAAAUGAUCAUUAUUGUAUCCGUCUUCUUAAAUUUAAAAUGUUGACAUGAUUUUGAAUUGAACAUCUGGUAUUUAUCUGUUCAAUAAAUCUCUCAUAUAAAUAAAUACUUUUACAAAC